AUGGAUUCUGCUCCAUUAAACGCUGAGAAGCCAGUAGACGCCGGCAUCGAGGCAGAGACAGAGGCUGCUACCUGCAAUGAUCUAGAAACUGAAAAAAAUACUUCUGCGGGUGACGAGGUUAUCCCCAAGAUAUUGGACUUGUCCAAGGAGCAGGAGGACGCCGAUAAGCCACUAGACGAUGGCAUCGAGGCAGUGGCUACUUACUCCACUGACCCGGAAUCUGAAAAAGAGCAAGAACCAAAGAAAAUGAAGAAGAAUAAAAGAAAUAAGAAGAAGAAAAGCCACCACCACGAUGACGAUAAAGCAGAACGCAAGGCAGCCAAGAAGAAGAAGAAGCAACUGGAUGCCGGCAUCCAGGAAGAGGUAGAAGUUACCUGCUCCACUCUAGGUGCCACUGACCCGGAAACUGAAAAAGAGGCUCUAGAGGAUGACAAGGCUUCCCGCAAGCGUUCCGGCACUAUCGAAAUCGAGGAGGAUCCAAAAAAAAAGAAAAUAGAAGAGAUUAAGACCCAGGACGAGGCUGAUGCAGCUCCAUCCCAAGGCGAAGGAGGAACAUCCGAGGAGGUGAAGUUUAACGUUCCCAAAUCGCCCCUAGGGACCCCAAAGGCUAUUAAGGGCACUGCAUCUGCCAAGGCCAAACUAUCCCCGUUCUAA